CGCAAAACUUGAAUCGCGUAUUCGAAAAAAGAGAUCGGGUAACAGGCGGGAAAUUCAGUGUACCAGCGAGAGAGAGAGAGAGAGAGAGAGAGAGAGAGAGAGAGAGAGAGGUGUGUCCCAUUAGACAUUAUAUUGGGCUCAAAAGUCUCAAACCAGAGAGAAUAAAUUUCAGGAGAGAGAGUGAGCGUGAGGGAGAUAGAAAGGUUUAGGGGAGAGAGUGCUUGAGAGAGAGAAAGAGAGGUUUAGGGGAGAGAGGGCGUGAGGGAGAGAGAAAGUCCAGAACUGGGACAAUUGAACUUGUUUUAGAAUGGGUAUAGAAAACUACCAUGUCAUAGAGCUAGUUGGGGAAGGUUCCUUUGGGAAGGUGUACAAAGGAAGGCGUAAAUAUACUGGACAGACUGUUGCCAUGAAGUUCAUCCUUAAACAUGGUAAAAGCGAGAAGGACAUUCAUAACUUAAGACAAGAAAUUGAGAUUUUAAGAAAGCUGAAGCAUGAAAACAUAAUCGAAAUGCUUGAUGCAUUUGAAAGCCCCCAAGAAUUUUGUGUAGUGACAGAAUUUGCACAGGGUGAAUUGUUCGAAAUUCUGGAAGAUGACAAAUGUCUCCCUGAAGAACAGGUCCAAGCAAUAGCCAAACAAUUGGUAAGAGCACUGUAUUACCUGCACUCUAAUCGCAUUAUCCAUCGUGACAUGAAGCCUCAAAAUAUCCUCAUUGGAGCCGGAUCAAUUGUUAAGCUUUGCGAUUUUGGGUUCGCUCGGGCAAUGUCUUGUAACACUGUUGUGCUUCGUUCCAUUAAAGGAACACCAUUGUACAUGGCUCCAGAACUUGUUCGUGAACAACCCUACAAUCACACUGCUGAUUUGUGGUCUCUUGGAGUGAUCUUGUAUGAACUUUAUGUUGGUCAGCCUCCGUUUUAUACAAAUUCAGUUAUUGCACUUGUUCGGCAUAUAGUCAAGGACCCUGUGAAAUAUCCGGACAACAUAAGUCCAAAUUUCAAAAGUUUCCUCAAGGGAUUGCUCAACAAGGUACCACAAAACAGGUUGUCGUGGCCUGCUCUUCUUGAUCACCCAUUUGUUAAAGAAACCCCAAGCGAGCUCCAUGCCAGGGAACUUCGUGCUGCCACUGCUGCAACCAGAGGAUGUGAUGCAGCAUGGAGGGGAGAAGUGCAAUGCAUGCUUCCCUCAACACUCGUACCCCCUUCUUCUAGUCCUGAGAGUAAGACCAAUGGCCAGUGUCAUGCUGCUGUACCUCUGGAAAACGAGGAAAGAAGCCCUCCAAAUGAUAGGCUUGCAUAUAUUGUACCUUCUGCUGUAGACAACUUAUUACAACAACAAGAGUCUUCUGGACAUGCCGCUCCUAUUGUUCUUGUGAACUCUGCAAGCCAAUUAUUAGACAAGUUGGAAAACAAUUCUCGAACAAUCAAAGGCGCAAAUGCUAUUUUUCAAGAUAGUGAAGCUUUGUCACUUAUUGUGCAACCAAUGAAAAAUUUCACCACAAAAAGUUCACCCCAUUUUUGCAGCGACCAGGUUACCGCUGAUAUAAGUCAAUCAAUAAGAAUUCUCACGAAUUUAGUUGCUGCUGGGGUUCUUCAUUCAAACUCAGCAUUAACUGAAAUGAUAGUUGCAAUCCUUGAUCUCAUCAAAGCCAUGUUUGGUCCAAAUAUAUCAGAUGGUAAUGCCUUGAUAGUGAAGGUCCUCUCGAUUUUGAGGAAGCUUAUGGAUGUUUCUAGAACUCUGUACUUGCAGCACUGGGUUACCUUCACAGAGUUUUACUCACAGGUAGUAGGUUGUAUAAAAGAUGUAUCUGGUCGACUUCUGUAUGAGUCAACUGCAUGUAUUUCUAUGGUGUUGACUCAAGUCACUCAGGGGCUCCAUUCUUUCAUGGCUCCAGAUAUGGUAGCUGGUUCUUCACCAGAGGAGAACACUAUGAUACAAAUACUUGAUCACGCUAAAUCGUCUGGUCUCAUGGGUCAAAUCUGUCUAUGCCUUGAGAUAUCUGGAUCAGGUCUCAUGUCAGGCUCUUCCAAUCACUGUGCUGCAGCUUGUGAAGCAUGCAAAGCUACAUGGGCUUUGGUGGAUGCAUCUGAGAUUGUGGCUAUGAAGGGUCAUGUUCGCUUAUUUCCAUUGAGCUCUUUCAUUGUCCAUUCUGAGCUUCAGCUUGGUCCAAGAGUACAAAGCCAACAUGCGUGUGAUGAGGUAGAAUCUUCAAACACUGUUGAGGCAUUCUCAAAAGUGCUAUUUGGAUCAAAAGCAAUGCAAGUUGCUUUACAUUAUGCUCUUCAUCAAGGUUUUGAGCAAUCUCUAGGUGCUACUAUUCAGCUCAUGUUGAGGUGCUGCAUAUUUAGUCCACCUCUCUGUAAUGUGUUCUGUGGACUGCCAAAUCCACUACCCAUUUCAAGUCCCAUGAAUGGUGGAGGAGACAAGACUUUUGUUGCAGACAUCUUUCGCGCAUUAUAUCUCUGUGCUUCUUCAGGCAAAGAAUCCUCAACUGGUGAACCAAAAUCCAAUAAGAUAUCCAACCCAGAAUCACUAGUUACCAUUUCUUGCCUAGCUCUUGCCACUAUUGCCCAAGGAUUAAAGAUGCGAACAAGGCAUUCACCAUCAUGUAUCUUGACACUAUCACAAACAAAACAAAAGGACCGCCUUUCUCUUCUCGCGCGCCUGGCUUCUUCUAACAAUUGGUCCACCUGCUCCACCCCUCCACCUCGAUGUGCAUCGGCCAUGUUGGCUCUUGCUUCCAUUUUAUCUCUUGAAGAUGAUUUCGACAGACCCAAUAACUCGCCCUUCUCCGAAAUUACAUUGGCCUUGAUACCCCCUACAGCAACUCUACGCACCUUUCUCAGUACCCCACCCUCUGAUGCUACUAACGUAGAUUCUAUGAUGCUUACAAACUGGAAUGGCCUCAGAGAUGGCUGCCUCGGCUUGCUUGAGGCAAGGCUAAAAUGGGGUGGCCCUUUGGCCAUAGAACAAGCUUGUUCAAUUGGUAUUCCUUCCCAUCUGUUCUUUUUAUUAGCUGAAGGCUCUCAAAAGGAAGAUAAGAUGAGGGAAAGAAUUGGGUUAUCUCCAGUUGGGGUUGUAUGGGGAGUUUCUUCAAUUGCUCUGUGCCUUUGUGGUGGAGCUUUCCGAGACAUUUUGUACCGAAAAGAACACCUUGGUUUCUUUUGUGACUUGAUAUCUGAACCCCACCUCAAAGCUCUCAAAUGUUGGAAAGGGCAUGGUGGUGGCUCUGUUGGAAUCAGAGAUCUAAUCAGUGCAACAGUUAAUGUUAUGGCAUUUCCAUUUGUAGCAUUACAGAGUGUUCCUGGUGGGCCCUCCCCGUCUGCAUCCAUUAACAGCGGUUUCCUUCUUAAUUCGGGAUCACCAGGGAGAAGAAUGUGGGGAGAGAAUAAGGAAGAUGUUGAAUUCAUUGAGAAAAGAAUGCCCCAAUAUGUUCAAAUGCUUUGUGAGAUAGGCUUGCCUGCUCAAAUUCUCAAGUGCAUCGAGUAUUUGGAAGGAAAUGACCUUGGAAGGCCUGUGGCGUUUAUAGCUAAGAUGAUAGGUUACAAGCCUCUAUCCGUGCAGCUUUUGAAAGAGGGUUUGUUGGAACCAGGCCGGGUGAGAAUGCUACUUGAAGAAGGUUCCAGCCCAAAGGAAGUUGUUAUUGAUGUUCUAAUGAUAGUUUCUGAGCUUGCUCGGAUGUCAAAGGAUCUCUAUGAAGCAAUUCACAAGGCAGAUCUACUGCAACUCCUAAAGGGUUUUCUAAAUCAUGACGAUGCAAAUAUUAGGGCAAAAGCUUGCAGUGCCAUUGGCAACAUGUGCCGCCACAGCCCUUAUUUCUAUGCCUCGCUUUUAAGACAUGAUAUUGUUAGUCUCCUCAUAGAAAGAUGUGCAGAUCCAGACAAAAGAACCCGAAAGUUUGCAUGUUUUGCACUUGGUAAUGCUGCAUACCACAAUGAAUUACUAUAUGAAGAGCUAAGAAGGUCCAUUCCUCAGCUCACAAACCUACUUCAGGCAUCAGAGGAAGACAAGACUAAAGCCAAUGCAGCAGGUGCUAUUAGCAACUUGGUUCGAAACUCCAGUAAGCUAUGUGAAGACAUUAUCACAAAAGGAGCCUUGCAGGCUUUGCUCAAGCUAGUAUCUGAGCACUCAGUUGCAGCAUUGAGCGCUGGAUCAAGGGAUGCUAUGGGUGAUUCAUCCAUCAAGAUAGCCCUAUUUUCACUUGGUAGCAUAUGUGCACACCCCCCUUGCAAGCAAUUUAUCCGUUCUUCUGACUUCUUUCCAGUCCUUGUGCGCCUCAGACACUCUCCUGAGCCCACCAUAUCUAGGUACUCGUGUCGCAUACUUAGCAAGUUUUCUGAUGCCUGAACACUCUCUCUGUCUCUCUAUUGAUACAACUUUGCCAUUGCAUUCUAGGUAAAUUGUUCAUCGAGCUCAUGAGAGUUGUUGUAUGCCACAUAUUUGAGAUUCUCAUAUGUAAAUGUGUUUGUUGUAAUCUGCGAGUGGGGCCACAUGGAGCUCACUUUUUUCUGGUACUGUUCUUUACAAAAACAUGGUUUAGUGCUCAAGGGUUUGAUGGAACCAAUUGGUUGGUGCAUAUUCAUC